UAUUUUGUUAGUCUAUACUUAUCUCUUGCGGAGUUUGCUUCAUAUUAUUCUAACCAGCAGUUUUUAAUAAUUAACAAAAUUUUACAGAUUGAAAAUCUAUUUGGUUAUUUUGAAAAUGGAUUUACAGUGCUAUUCAUGUGUGUUUUAAAAUGAUUGCAUAAACUCUUAGCUAAACGUGGUAAAAACGACAUUGAUACAACGUAAUCAUGGCGGACCCAUUGAGUUUACUUCGCCAAUAUAAUGUAAAUAAAAAAGAAAUAAUAGAGCGUGAUAAUCAAAUUAUAUUCGGUGAAUUUUCAUGGCCUAAAAAUGUCAAGACCAACUAUCUUAUGUGGGGGUCUGGUAAAGACGCAUCUCACAAUAAGGAAUACUAUACACUGGAAUGUCUUCUAUUUAUUCUUAAGAACAUACAUUUGACGCAUCCAGUGUAUGUUAGGCAAGCAGCUGCUGCUAAUAUACCACCUGUGAGACGACCGGAUCGUAAGGAACUGUUGGCUUAUCUAAAUGGAGAAACAGCCACCUGUGCUUCUAUAGACAAAAGUGCGCCACUUGAAAUUCCAACACAGGUGAAACGAACACAUGACCAUGAUGGGGGUGAAUCUGCAGCAAAGAAGCCUCGUAUUGAGGAAACGCAUGUUCAAAAAGUCAGAGAACAGCUUGCUGCUCGUCUUGAUGCACCAAAGGAAGCAUCUGUUACUGUUGACAACAUCAAGUCUCUAUCGGAGGCGAUGUCAGUUGAGAAAAUUGCAGCAAUUAAGGCAAAACGCUUGGCUAAAAAAAGAACUACUAUUAAAAGUAAUGAUUACUCAGACACACUUGGGGUUGUUGGAUCUGAUUUACGAGCAAUUUUAGACUAUGAUGUGGAUCUCACCAAAGACAUUAUCAGUCGUGAGAGACAGUGGAGAACUAGAACUACAGUAUUACAGAGUAAUGGCAAAAUGUUUGCUAAGAGCAUAUUAGCUCUUUUAGGUAGCAUUAGAGCUAGAGAAGAAGGCAGGCCGGGAGUACCAAGGCCUCAACCAGUUGUUAUGCCGCCACCUACAAUUUUGCCCACUCAACAAACUCAAUAUAACAGAUACGAUCAGGAAAGGUUUAUUAGGCAAAAAGAAGAAACGGAGGGAUUCAAAAUUGACACCACUGGUACCUAUCACGGUAUGACAUUAAAGUCAGUGACGGAAGGUCCAAGUGUGCCAGUUGCGGCUCGUGCUCCACAAACUCCUAAUCAUCCCCGCCAGAUGCCACAAAAUGGACCAGUACCUAGUACUCCUGGCAGAAGAGAAUUGUUACCUGUAACAGCAGCAAGGCCACCACCAGGUGGUAAGCGGCCCUCACGAACACCCAUCAUCAUAAUACCAGCUGCAGCCACAUCUCUUAUAUCUAUGUACAAUGUAAAGGAAAUGCUGCAAGAUUUCAAGUUUGUACCAGUUGAACAGAAGAAAUCGGAAGGAGCAGUACGUGAGAAUGAAGUACUUUUGCAAAGGAGGAAAGGGCCAUCUGGAGAACAAAUGCCCACUAAUGCAACUACUAUUACGGUACCAUAUCGUGUAGUAGACAACCCAGCAAGACUCUCAGCAGCAGAAUGGGAUAGAGUUGUUGCCGUAUUUGUGCAAGGACCAGCUUGGCAAUUCAAAGGCUGGCCAUGGGAUGGCAAUCCUGUGCAAAUUUUCGCCAACAUUUGUGCGUUUCACCUGAAAUUCGAUGAGAUGAAGCUGGACACGAACGUGGCACGCUGGGCAGUCACCGUACUCAAUCUAAGUCGUACCAAACGGCAUCUUGACCGCGCCGUGUUACUUGGAUUUUGGGAAACACUGGACAAGCAUAUGAGGAAGAAUAAACCACACCUUAGAUUUUAAGUUUGUUGUAGUUAUUUAAAUUUCUAUCACACUAUAGAAUAUUAUAAUACUUGUAUAAUAAUGCCUUCAAAAGCAAAGCGAACCUGAGUCAAUUCAUGCCAUUUAUAAUGUAUUUUGGUCUAGAAAAUAUCCCACCCAUUUACAUAUUUGUAUAUUUUAGAAUUUUCAAUAUUUUUUAUUUUACAUAUUUUGUACUCUCAAAUUUCUAGUCGGUAUCAUAAUAAUACAAUUUUUACUCUCUGAACCGAAAAUAUAACAAUUGAACGCUAAAUAAUAGAAUUAUUCUCUAACAAAUCAAGUCCAUUCACUGUUAUUUGGACCGUGCAGUAUUAUGCAAUACUUUUUUCUAAUUUGUGCGGAAACUGAUUCAUUAAUAUUAUUAUAUAAUAUUAUAACUAGCUGUUUGCCGCGGCGCUGCCCGCGUGAGUCUGUAUAUAAAAUAUCCUAUGAGUUAAAAUAUGAUAUAUAGAAUCAUAAAGUUUCAGCCAAUUUAACUGAUCAAUUAUUUGCUUAAAAUGCUUUUUAAGUACUACUUAAAAAAAUCAUAUUGUGUACUUCUCACUUACUUAUUGCGGAUGUCCUAAUUUCGGAUUCUAGAGGCCAAUUCUCGUUCCUUCCGACUAUUCUCGAAAUAGAGACAAUGAUUUAAAUCCUUUCUCUACUAUAAAACCUCGAAAUUCGAAGUCAUUUUCUCGAAUCACAUAUUCUGAGCACGAAUCAAAAUAUAUUUUGAAACAAUCUCGAAUCAAAAAGUAAAAUGUUGUCAUUUUAUAUAAAUAAUGAUCCUACUACGCGUUGCAACGUGAAUUCUUUAUUACAUUAUUUGUCUCGAAUGCUUAAGACCACUUGAAGCAACACGAUCGGCUUUGCCUCGAGAAAUGUCGGAAUCGACGUAUCCAGUAUAAUGUAGUUUGAUUAUCACUCGAAAAAUGUUCGAAAUCUAUUUUUUUGCUCGAAUUCGUAAUUCAUUCAAAUGCACGAGAAUUGACCUCCUGUCAUCUAAUUUUUCUCCAUAGCUCGCUGAGUAAUUUUAAACAUUUCCAUAUGGACAACCGUCUAGGACCAUGUUUUUGGUUCCAUAGGUCAUCACAAGUGUUGGUGUGGUACUUUGCAUAAGUACCGAAAAGUAUUGACGUAUUAUUUUUUAAAUAAUGAAACAAUUUCAAACAUUUAGGGGUAACAUUAAUUACUAUGAAAGCCUCUGAGAAUUACAUUAAACUGUAUAGAAUUAUCACGUAUCUCGAAUAGCAAUUGCAAAAUAUAUUAUUUUAUAGCUGUAAUCAUAUUAUAAUCUAUUGACGAAAUUUGUAAAUUAUUUUAAUGCAAUAUCAGAAAAUUUUAUGUAAUCCUGUUAGAUUUUUAUAUCUGUACCAAUCAAAUGCUGUAAGAUUAUGCUGCUGAAUUGUUGCUAAUUUGUUUGUAGUUGUCUACUGCCCACUUCCAAGUGGCUGUCAACAGUUUACAUUUACGUGAAAGUAAUUAGCAUCCCACUAGAAUUUUUAAAAAAGCAUCCCGUAAUAACUUCACAACUUAACGCACAUUAGAAGCUCAAAUUUUGUUGUCAUAUUUCGACCUUUGGGGUCAACAAAUUGAUAUAAUAAACUACAAGGCAUCGAUGCUCUUAGAUACUCGCUUGACGCGACUACACAAAUGUAAUAACAAAUUACAACAACAGCAACCCACGAAUUGGCUAUUUAAACCUAAGAUCAUACACAUUUAGAAAGUCAAGUAUCAGAACGGUCAACCAACUAUUGGCUAACAUAUCGUUUUUCAUACUAUUAAAGUGUCUAAAAUCUUGUCAGAUUUUGUAAAAUUGAAAAUAUAGUAUAAUAAAUAAAAAUAAAACGUAUAUUGAUUUGCAUGAGAAAAGUCCCUAAUUACACAAUUAAUAUAAUUUAAAAGGGACGCUUUUCGAAGCAAUUGUAAGUAACUAUCUAGAUAUCAAUGAUCUUAGGCUUAAAACUUACACGCAUUUCCUAAGCAAUUGUGUGUAUUAAUAUAUAUGAUAUGCCAAAAUACUGUAAAUGGUAUUGAAAAUGCAAAGAUCUGUGAUCUUUGUGUAUUAACAACAAUAAAUUGUUGAACAUA